UGGUAAUAAGCCUUUUCUUUGUUCGCCGUUCACUACUAUUCCGGGCUCUGCCGGGGUUUGAACUUUGAUCUUCUCAUUCCUCGCUCGCGUUCCCGCUUUCUUGGUCGCCGACUCGCCGUCGCACCUCUUGUCGGUCUCCUCAAUCGCCAUUGUUUGCACUGUUCUCCGGUUGGCGAAACGAAGCAAUUUCGUCUUCUGUAGGUAUUUCAUUGCCGGGAAGUCGAGGGCUUCCUCGCAUCCUGAUCUGCUGUCUUUCACUUUCUUCUACUAAAGCCACCAAACGAUCACCUCCGCUAGAAGUACGUUUUCCCUCUCUCUGGUCUCUCUUCCUUAGAUUCCAAAACUGGAGAGUAAAAGGAAAUGCGAGCUUCCUGAAUCCGAAAGCUAACAGUGGUAUCAUUAGCAGUAGAUUUGAUUCAGGUAGACGAUAGAUCUCCCUGAUUGUGUUCCGAGAUUCCCCGCCUUUGAAUUGUUCGAACUCUCUCUCCUAGAACUAGAAAUUAAGUAAUUAACUAUCUGAAAGUUUGAGUUCAUUCAUUUUGGUUGGUUGAACUUUGAAGGGAUAUGGCGACCACUGCGUCAUUUAUCAUCGUGAGCCGGAAUGACAUCCCGAUAUAUGAAGCUGAAGUUGGAUCUGCUACUAAAAGAGAGGAUGCAGCUCAGUUGCAUCAAUUUGUACUACAUGCAGCGUUAGAUAUUGUUCAGGACCUCGCUUGGACCACUAGUGCCAUGUUCUUGAAAAACAUUGACAGGUUCAACGACCUGGUGGUAUCGGUGUAUGUUACAGCUGGUCAUAUCCUUUUUAUAUAUUGAUUCCCUUUAUCAUCGCCGUUGCUAGUAUCUUAAGUAGGUAGUUAUUCGCAAGGAUUAACUAGGCAAAGCAGGGAUAACUUUGUCUGCACAUAAUAUAACCCUGACUUAGUAGUUUCCUUGGUUGGUUAAAGUUUCAUGCUAGCAUGUACAGUAUACCUCUUCAUUUGUGGUGACUACCAGGAUCUGCACAUCAGAAUUUCACACUUGUUAAUGGUGACUACCGUAAUCUGUGCAUCAGCAUUUUAGAGUCUCUAAACAUGCAUACCACUCGAUCUGUAGUCCAAAGCACAAUCUAAUCUGUGCUGCUCGUGGAUAGAUAAGUCAGUAAGAUGCAUUACACUUAAAGCAUUCAGUAUCAGAUAUUUCCUUGACAUUUUCAAACAUACACGAUUGAUGCUACUUCAUGACUCCCGCAAUGAUGAUGGGAUUAAGAGCUUUUUUCAGGAGGUGCAUGAACUUUAUAUAAAGGUACUGCUGAACCCCCUCUACCUGCCCGGUGCCCGCAUUGCUUCUUCACAUUUCGACACAAAAGUCCGCGCUCUAGCUAGAAAGUACCUGUAAUCGUGCAAACCAUCUACUAAACGACGCAACGAGCGCUUACCAGACUCUCCAGGGUAAAACAUGGUCUACAUGUUACACAAACGCCUCGUUCAAUUUAGCCAGGGAGUUCCUCCUUACUUCUCAACUAGUGUGUUCAUAACGGAUUGAAGGUUCCAUUUGGUGAGAACCUGAUGUAGGAAGACUUGAUUUUGAUGUACAACCCCCCGGUUUUAUCCAUGGUAUCUUCAUGUUUCUCCUCAUGAACAACAAUGCUGGUUAUUGAAUGUUCAGCAUGUGAUUGUACAUUCUCUAAUGGUGGUUUUCCCACCUCACCUGUGACUCUGUUUGAUUGCAUUUGUUUAAUGGUGGUUUUGCUUCUGCC